GCCGCGGCAGCCAUGGGACCGCGGGAGCCGCGCCGCCGGCUGGAGGCGGUGCUCGGCGCCCUCUACGACCUGGGUGAGGAGCCCGGAGGCGGGCGGUGCGCUGCAGCGGACGGCGAAGCGAGAGCAGUGCUGCCGCCAGUGGAGGAAGAAGAGGAGGAGGAGGAGAGACGGGAGCCUCAGCCGGCGGCGGGCGGGCGGCGCGGGGCCCGCGGCUUCUUCGGGGAGCUGCGGGCCGAGCUGAGCGCCGCCAGCCCUGCCCCGCCGGCCCCCGCCGGCCCGCCCGCCGUGGAGGUCGUGGUGUUCCGCGGGAGGAAGAGGAAGGAGCGGCACGGCCCCUCGGCAGCGCCCGUGGGCCCAGCACAGACUCAAAUAGUGAAUGAAGAGAAAAAUGCAGUCAGACAAGAAUUUAACUUUGAAAAGGCUCGCCUGGAAGUGCACAAGUUUGGAAUCACUGGCUACAAGAAGCAGGAGCAACGUGUUUGGGAACAGGAGCGUGCUAUCAUGCUGGGAGCCAAGCCCCCCAAAAAGGCACAUAUGAACUACAGGACUUACCAAGAGAAACUGAAAGAGAAAAAAGCAGUGAAAGAUGCUGAUAAGGAAAAGGAACAUAAAGGUGAUUCUCUUAAGAAGAAGAAGAAGCAGAAAGAACAGGAGAGGAAGGCCAAGAGGAAGAAAUCAGUGCCUAGCAUUUGGCCUGCAGGACAAGUUGGAAAAUUCAGAAAUGGGACCUUGAUUCUGCAAAGCCGUGACAUAAAGAAAAUUAAAUCAUCUAAAGUUAGAAAAUGAACUUCAUGAUACAGAGUGAAAUGGACAAUAUGCAAAUAUGCAUAAGAGAAUUCACAUUGCUAGCAACACAGACUUCUGGGGCCUUUUGCCUAAGCACCAUAUCCUAAUUUUUUAAUCUUAUUUGUUAUUACAGGAUUUUUAUGUACCAUUCUGCUUUGGGAUGGGUAUUAGAAUUUACUAUUUUAUAAAUAAAGAUAAUAAAGAUUAGAGUUCUUAUUAAGAA